UGGGAGGAGAGACCGAUCCCGUUCCAUUCUCCAAGCGCAGGGACAACAUGGCGGAAUAGGAACUGUGGCGGAGACUUCCCCGGAUACAAGCAAAACUACUGGACUCUGGAUAUUACUGACCCAGUGCAUUCAUAUUAUCUGUGACUGGAUAUCUAGGGCUCCCCAUAUACAGAGGCCGAGGGGGAGAGGCUGUGCGUGUACAGCCGUUGGAGCCAUAUUCUCCCCGUAUUUUUCCAGGGGUGUGGAAUUGGUGAUUGGGAGAGAGAAGAGCUGUCCGGGAAAACAUCUUCUCCCUUCGGAUCGGGAGCGGCGGGGUCGCUGUGCCUUGUAUGGACCCCAGUGCCUUGGAGCGGAGGACCGAUGCCCGCUACACUCUUUAAGCAUGGAUUCAAGGCUCCUGCUCCUGCUGCUCAUUGCGGUGCUGACGGCUCUCUGCUCUGCCCAGAACCCCAACACAGCUGCCGCUCUCACAGAGUCCCCUGUUCUGGCUGGAGCAUCAAACACUUUGUCAGAAAACCGGUCCUCUCUGCUUAACGACCUCACCCUGGCAACCACUGUCUCCACAGCAACCACCAUCACCCCGAUGAAUGUGACUAUCUCUCCGGAGGCCAGCAACGCCACGACGAUCAGCACUGGCACCAACGAGACCACUUCCAGUACGCCUCCCCCUCCCACACCCUCCCCCGGUGGGGGCAAUGAUACUGCCACCGACCCCCAACUCCCCCCCACCGUCAACAUCACAACGGCAGGGGGGGCACAUACUGCAGAGCCCACCACACCCCCUCCCUCUCCCUCCACUGUGGAGACCACAGCCAGCCUCACCACCUCAGGAGGAGCAGCAAAUGGACCAGAUGAGACUCCGAUCAUUGCAGUGAUGGUGGCCCUGUCCUCUCUGCUGGUCAUUGCCUUCAUCAUCAUUGUGCUCUACAUGCUGAGGUUUAAGAAGUACAAGCAGGCAGGGAGUCACUCCAACUCCUUCAGACUGGUCAAUGGGCGUGCGGACGACACAGAGCUCCAGAGCAUACCCCUCCUGGCCAGGUCUCCCAGCACUAACAGGAAGUACCCGCCCCUUUCUGUGGACAAGCUGGAGGAAGAGAUCAACCGGCGCAUGGCAGACGACAACAAGCUGUUCAGGGAGGAGUUCAACGCCCUGCCUGUGUGUCCCAUCCAGGCAGCGUGUGACGCAGCUUCUAAAGAGGAGAACAAGGAGAAGAACCGCUAUGUCAACAUCCUGCCCUAUGAUCACUCGAGAGUCCACCUGUCUUCGCUAGAGGGGGUCCCAGACUCGGACUUCAUCAACGCCUCCUUCAUCAACGGAUACCAGGAGAAGAACAAGUUCAUCGCAGCUCAAGGACCGAAGGAGGAGACUGUCAAUGAUUUCUGGAGGAUGAUCUGGGAGCAGAAUACGGCCACCAUCGUCAUGGUAACCAACCUGAAGGAGCGAAAGGAGUGUAAGUGUGCCCAGUACUGGCCGGACCAGGGCUGCUGGACCUAUGGGAACAUCCGGGUGUCAGUGGAGGAUAUGAUGGUGCUGGUCGACUACACCAUCCGCAAGUUCUGCAUCCAGCAGGUUGGUGACGUGUCCAAUAAGAAGCCUCAGCGCCUGCUCACUCAGUUCCACUUCACCAGCUGGCCUGAUUUCGGGGUCCCCUUCACCCCCAUUGGAAUGCUCAAGUUCCUCAAGAAGGUCAAGACCUGUAAUCCCCAGUAUGCCGGGGCCAUAGUGGUGCAUUGCAGCGCUGGCGUCGGACGGACAGGCACCUUCAUUGUGAUCGACGCCAUGCUGGACAUGAUGACAUCAGAGCGCAAGGUGGACGUAUUCGGCUUCGUGACGAGGAUCCGGGCGCAGCGCUGUCAGAUGGUUCAGACUGAUAUGCAGUACGUGUUUAUCUACCAGGCUAUGCUGGAGCACUAUCUGUACGGAGACACCGAGCUGGAAGUGACUUCGCUGGAGACACACCUGCAGAAACUCUACAGCAAGACCCCCGGGACCACCUGCAGCGGCCUGGAGGCAGAGUUCAAGAAGCUGACGUCAAUAAAGAUCCAGAACGACAAGAUGAGGACGGGCAACCUGCCGGCCAACAUGAAGAAGAACCGUGUGCUGCAGAUCAUCCCCUACGAGUUUAACCGUGUGAUCAUCCCAGUGAAGAGAGGAGAGGAGUAUACAGACUAUGUCAACGCCUCCUUCAUUGAUGGCUACAGGCAGAAGGACUCUUACAUUGCCAGUCAGGGUCCUCUCCAGCACACCAUUGAGGAUUUCUGGAGGAUGAUCUGGGAGUGGAAGUCGUGCUCCAUCGUCAUGCUGACGGAGCUGGAGGAGCGAGGACAGGAGAAGUGUGUGCAGUACUGGCCAUCGGAGAGCACUCUGAGCUGUGGUGAUAUCACCAUAGAGCUGAAGAAGGAGGAGGAGAGCGAGAGCUACACCGUGAGGGACCUGCUCGUAUCCAACAACCGAGAGAAUAAGAGCCGGCUGGUGCGUCAGUUCCAUUUCCACGGCUGGCCGGAGGUGGGGAUCCCUGCAGACGGCAAGGGGAUGAUCAACCUGAUUGCAGCCGUUCAGAAACAGCAGCAGCAGUCUGGCAACCACCCCUUCACUGUGCACUGCAGUGCUGGCGCGGGCCGCACCGGUACCUUCUGUGCCCUGAGCACUGUGCUGGAGAGGGUGAAAGCAGAGGGUAUCCUGGACGUCUUUCAGACAGUGAAGAGCCUUCGACUGCAGAGACCACACAUGGUCCAAACACUGGAGCAGUAUGAAUUCUGUUACAAGGUGGUGCAGGAGUACAUCGAUGCCUUUUCUGAUUACGCCAACUUCAAGUAGACAGACAGACAGACGGACACGGACGGACACGCCCGCUCGCUCGCUCGUGGACUAGAGAGAUGCCUUCUUGAAUAUUUUGUAAUACUGUAUUGUUAAUAUACCCGAACCUGUGUAUAUACUCCUGUUGGUUUAAGAAGCUAGAACAGUAAGCUUCAAUAUUAGCUGGAGAUUUUAUAUGUAGCAUAGACUUGGCAUAUUAUAGACUUCUUUCUGAACUUUAGAAGAAGAGGAGAAAGGGGACAAAGAACAGUUUUAUUAUGGGGGGGGUUGGCGUUAUCUUGAUUUUCAUUUUAAUAUGAGAUCUCUUCACUGCUGGGGGAGUCGCACUGUUUUUAGUUUACAAUACAAGCGCUUUGCCUUGCUGGAGUCGACCCGCCCUGCAGAACGAUGCCUGAACUGCAUCAGCAUUAAAACUACAAUACGAUGGAACAUUGCUGCCUGAUCGCAGGCUCCCCCCUUUCCACAACCUGGGAGCGGGUUUUUUCAUACCGUGUAUUCAUUUAAAAUAGAGCAGUGUUGCACUGGAGGAAGGAAUGCGCUUCUGUGUCAGACACAUUAAACAAGUGUUCCAGGAUACAGAGCUGCCCCAAUCUCUGGCUCUGCUGAACUUUUCCCCUUCCAGCCUCUCAGAAAUCCAGGAAGGGCUUCAAUUAAAAUCAGUCUUUAUCCAGGGAGCGAUGCUCUGGUGAGACUUACCCAGAGUUUAUCCAGGGAGCGAUGCUCUGGUGAGACUUACCCAGAGUUUAUCCAGGGAGCGAUGCUCUGGUGAGACUGUUACCCAGAAUUUUGUCGAAGAGAACAUUAGCAAGACAAUGACUGUCAAUGCAGCCCUUUAUUCUCAGAGUGUAGGGUCAAUUCUCAUAAUCUAAGAAUCAUUCCUCCCAAUCCAGGGCCCAGUGAUCCCAGUCCGAGGCAGGUGUCUGCAGUACGUUCCACAUUUCAUUACAGUCCAACUGCAGUUUAGCACAAGUUGGGGGAACUUUAUUUUGACAGAUCAAUCAGGGCCUAGUUUGUUCUAUUCCUGGUCCGGAGCACAGCCCAAUCUUCAGAGAUCAGAACAGCACGAUGACUGCGACGUAUACAGCUCCUUCCCACGCAUCUCGACAAGUAAAUCUAACAUUCCACUCCCCCUUUUAUCUGGGGCCAGCUGUUUUGUUUUGUUUUGUAUGUUGUAGUGUUUUGGGUUUUUUUCCUUUUGUAAUUAUUUUUAUUUUUUUUAAUUUUUAUUUUUUUUAGAGACAUUGUUCACGGAUACUGCUGAAUGUGAGUACAGAACUCACUCCUCUACUACAAAACAGGACAAGUGUUUUUGAAGUGCGCUUUUAAAUUCUUUUGUUUUUAACAAUUACAAAUGAUUUAAAUUGAUUUCUCUACCAAUUUUGUCCUUUGUGAAUGUAUUUCUUUUGACUAUCUGCAGGUUCAGUGUGCACCAUGAACUAUCCAAUGAAUGAAUUCAUGAAUGUCUGGCAGUUAUUGACCGCACAGUGACAGGGCUCCUCUAGAGGGCACCAGCGUUGCUGUUUUAAAAAUGGUGGUGUGUGAAAAGAACACUGCUCAAUGCUACAGUGCUCAAUGCUAACUAAAGUUAUUUUGAUUACCGGCGCUAACUUUCAACAUGCACUACCUACUGAGCCAGAGUUCUGACAAGCAGCUGUUACUAUUAUUGUCAAGGGAUGCUGGUUUGCAUGCUUAAAAAUGUUAAUGUUUUCUGUGUGUGUUUUUUUUUUUUUUUAACAAUAAAAUGCAAGUCAGUCAGUGGCCAUCUUCUACCUUUUUUUUUUUUUUCAUAGUCUAAAGCAGCAAUUCCAAAGAGGGGUAGAACUAUCACAGUUGCGCAUUGUGAGUGGUCAAUUCGUUGUAUUUUUCAAAAGAGGCAAUACAAAAAUCCGGUAACAAAUACUUCGUUUUUUUUUUUUUAACCUGUGAGUGUUUUGUAUUGUAGUUGUAAUGGUAAACAGAGUGUUAAAAUGCUGGGUUCAGCUUUGCCUCUCUCUCUCUCUCUCUCUCUCUCUCUUUCUCUCUCUCUCUCUCCCCCUCUCUCAAUGAAACAUCUUAUUUGUUCAUAGCUUUCAUAUUUUAGUAAGCAGUGAGCUGAUAGGAGCUGGUUGUUGAGUUUUAUUCUGGAUGGUUUUGAGGGGGGGGGGGGGUGUUCUCUAGUGUUUGGGGGGUACAAGCAUCCUUUAUCUUUCUUGAGAAAUAAAAGCUACAUAUCUAUAGAUCCUUUUUGUAUUUGUUUAUAAAUUAGAUUUGACAUUCCUCCUCCGUGCCUGUGUACCAGAUCGCUGAGUGACCUCACACUUCAGCAGUGUCAGUCACAAGAUCGCACACCUCUUAACAGCUCUGUAUCACAGGCCUCUUCACCUCGAAGAGAUCGCACGCCUCUUAACAGCUCUGUAUCACAGGCCUCUUCACGUGACUGCACAUGGGACCCGCACUCUGCUAGGAUGAUGAUAGAAUAUACGGCCAUUGUAACUGUGCAUUGUUUUGCAGAAUAACCAAAUACGGAAACCUGCUUCUACUGCAUUUCUGUAUCAGACUUUACUCAACACCCUGUGUCUGGACGAAUGCUCUAGAACAUGGAUAUGGGGUGGGUGCUCUAGAACAUUUUUAGCACAUCGCUGGAUCAGUUUGCCAAAAAAGCAUCCAUAGUGUUAAUAGAACUGUCAGCCUUGUAUACUAAAUGCCCAUUUAUAAAAGCUCCAGGGAUUUCCCCACAUGGAUAACUUGAAGCCAGAACGACACAAAUUACACAGUGGGUUCAGAAGGACAGUGAGUGCCCUGGGCAGUAACACAGCAGCUCCAGGGAGGUGUUCCUGGUUUCGUUUGGUUUCUCUUUUUUUUCGGGGGGGGGGUCACAGUCCUCACUGCCAUGAUUAUGAGCUGCAGCAGUGUCUCCCCAACACUUUCACCGAGUAUUUACCAAUUCUUAGGCUUUUAAAUUUAUAAAGUUUUAUUUAUAUUUUUAUUCAUAGGUUUGUCUUUUGUUUUUGAAAGAAAUAUAUAAUAAUCAGCCGGGACCAUUUUGAUUUUUAUCA